AUGGUGUCUAAAUUUCGUGAGGUGUACAAAGCGGUGGAUAAAAAUGCGGUGCAUUGGUUUCCGGGUCAUAUGGGCAAAGGAUUGCGUCAAAUGCAGCAAAAAUUGAAAAUGGUCGAUUGUGUUAUUGAAGUGCACGAUGCACGUAUUCCAUAUUCUGGCCGAAAUACCGAUUUCAAACACACAGUCACCGGUCUUCGACCGCACAUUCUGGUGCUGAAUAAGAAAGAUUUAAGCGACACGAGCACACACGAUGACAUCGCCAAUCAGAUCAAAAAAAAUGAAGGUAUCGAUCAUGUACUGUAUACAAAUUGCAAGGAUCAACAGUGUGACGGUGUCAGGAGUAUCGUACCAACGGCAAAAUAUUUGAUUCAAAAUUCGAAUCGAUUUAAUCGCAGCGAACAACCAGAGUACAAUCUUAUGAUAAUCGGUGUGCCAAACGUGGGAAAAUCAUCGCUCACGAAUGUGCUGCGAAAUCGCCAUUUGAAAACCAAGGGAGCAAGUCAGGUUGGUGCUGUGGCCGGUAUUACUCGAAGCGUUCUCACGCGAAUCAAAAUAUCCGAAAAACCAUUGAUUUAUAUGUACGACACGCCAGGCAUUUUAAUACCACACAUCAAAAACCUUGAGCACGGAAUGAAAUUGGCCAGUGUUUCGUGCAUGCAAGAUCAUUUGGUGGGUGAAAUUCAAAUUGCUGAUUAUAUUUUGUAUUGGUUGAAUAAAAACGGGUUUUUCGGAUAUGUUGAGCUCAUGAACUUGAAGGAACCAACCGAUGACAUACAAGAAGUACUUCUGUCCGCAUCCGCAAUACUCAAUAAAACCGUGAAAUACAAACAUCCCGAUGGCACAGUGAAGGUUCGACCAGACUUUGACUUUGCGGCUCGUCAUCUGAUUCGAGCCUUUCGUGAUGGACAACUGGGCAAAUUCAAUUUAGACAACGAAUAUUCACAGAAAACACACGAAAAUCCAUAGUAAACACUACAUUGUCGAAAUGGAAUUUAUUUUGAUAAAAACAUUUGUUUUUUUUAGAAUGAAAUGAUACAAUUCUGCUUGUUAAAAUGAUGUUUAAAAUGAUUAAAACCAAUAUGUUGAAUCAAA